UUAAUAAAUGAUAAAACUAUUGUAUUAACACUGAAGUUCUUCUGCAAUUUUCUGCAAUUAAGUGUAUUCAUGUGAAACGUAAUGAAUCAUUUUCUUAGGCAAAAAAACAGCCAACAAAAUCAACUGCAGGGAGAAAAGAAUGUUCAGUAGUAAGAAGUACAGCAUGAUGAAUGUUGAGACUGCUUGAUACAAGUCUGGUAUGACUUAUCAGCGGGCUGGGGAAGAAAACUGGUGAUUAGCGCUUGGCUUAGAUACACUUAACAGUUAGGGGGCAGUGGCUCUGUUCUCCACUGUCAGCCGCAGCUAGGCACAAUUGUGAUGGUAACAGGAAAUGCUGCAUGAAUGAAGUUAUGCAGGGCUGAGAGAGAAAGAUUUGCAGGCAAGAUUGUUGCACUGGACUCCUAAAUGCUGCCAGUAGCUUAGUUUAUUACUUUCUUGAAAGUGCUCUUUUUCCCCAGAGUUGUUGAGAAAAUAUUGGAUGUGCUGUGAAUGUGUUAAUGUGGCAGCUUUGUGUUUUCUCAGUGUAAAGUGGAUAACAGUUUCUGGUGUAUGAGACAGUGAAUAAUGAAAUUUGUGAUUCCAGAAUGGAGGAUAUUUUUAAUUCACAGCAGUGUUUCUUAAAAUUCGGAUUUGUUUGAAAUUGGUAGCCUCCAUGAAGUGUGUUGUUUUGUGUGCUAUUUCGCUUUUUAAAGUUUCGGGUUUGUGUUUGGUAACAAGUAAUGAGUGUAUGGGGAAUACAUGAUUUCUAGCAGUUGGGUGUGUUGAGGUGUCUAGGGUGUGCGGUGUUAUGAUGGUGACCAGUAUGAACCCACGACUGUCAGUUCUUGAGGUACACGUGGAUGUCUACACCACCAUGGUCGUCUACCAUAGGGUGGAACUUAUGGUCCAGGACAUCAUACGCCUGGUGGUGGGUCGGCUGGCACAAGGGGACCGAUACUUCGCACGCUGCUACGCUCUCAAGCUGGUGCACUUGAAGUCACGGGACUCGUACUGGCUCCACAACAACCUCACUAUGUACCAGGUGAAACAGAAGUAUGAGGCAACACGACCACCGGAUGAAUGGAGAUAUGAACUUAGAGUUCGAUACCUGCCAAAAAGUUUUCAAGAGCUUUAUGCCAAGGACAAAGUGACAUUCUACUACUUGUAUGACCAGGUCCGUAAUGACUACAUGAAGGAUCUUGCAGAGAAGAUAGAGCAUGAUAUGGCAAUCAGGCUGGGCUGCAUAGAAAUGAGGCGUUUCUUCAAGGACAUGCCCCAGGUAGCACUUGACAAGAAGUCCAACUUUGAGUACCUGGAGAAGGAAGUGGGGCUGAAGAGAUUCCUGCCAAAGUCUCUCAUAGACUCCAUGAAGUCGAAGAGUCUCCGUAAGGCUAUACAGCAGCACUUCAAGUCAUAUGCCCAGCUGUCAGAGUCCGAGUGCGUCUAUCGCUUCUUCGACACCCUCUCGCAAGUGAGCAAGUUCAACCAGGAGAGAUUUAAAUGUGCACUUGGGUCUAGCUGGAGUAUCUCCAUGGAGCUCGUGAUCGGUCCAGACUGUGGCAUCAGCUACCUCACUGAGAAGGCUUCAAAGCCGACUCACAUGGCCGACUUCUCCCAGGUGCAGGCCAUACAGACAUUGGCCCUGGACGAUGGUAAGGGGGUGCUGAAGCUGCGUAUCGCAGGGGCCAACGAGCCACUCACCAUCACCUGCUCCUCUCUGCCAGAGGCCGAGGACAUGGCUGACCUCAUUGACGGCUACUGUCGACUGGUUCAUGACUGCCAGGGGUCUCUCUGGACUAAAACUGUUGUUACAAAUGGAAAAUCCCCACUUAUGGACCGUCCAGAUUUCCUGCCUAAGCAAGAAGAGACUGUCCCACCAUCCCCAAAGAUGAGCACCGCCAAGAAGGGCAGCAACAACAGACUGGACCAACUUAGCCCUCAUGAACGGAUAUCAGAUUAUGCGGAAAUAGUUGAGGAUGAAGGGGACUACAGCUCUCCUGAUGGUCGUAGGCGAAAAGGGCGAAGAAAAAAAUCUCGUGACUAUGAGAUUCAUAGAGACCAUGUUUGUCUGCUGGACAUUCUGGGCAAUGGACAGUUUGGAGACGUGCACAAGGGCAUUUACAGGGACAAGGAAGGCCGGGAAAUUCCAGUAGCAGUGAAGACCUGCAAGGAGGACAAUGAGGACUCCAUGACAGAGAAGUUCCUGGAGGAAGCAUUGAUCAUGCAGCAAUUUGACCAUCCCCACAUUGUAAAGUUGAUAGGGGUCUGCUCAGAAAGUCGCCCAGUCUGGAUCGUGAUGGAGCUCGCAAAACAUGGAGAGAUGCGUGCGUACCUGCAGAACAACAAACCUCGCCUGGAGCUGACCACCCUGAUCAUGUAUGCCUUCCAGCUCAGCAUGGCCCUCUCCUACUUGGAGAGUAAGAAGUUUGUACACAGAGACAUAGCUGCCCGCAAUGUGUUGGUAUCUGCCCAUGACACAGUGAAGCUUGGGGACUUUGGGCUCUCCAGAUGGGUAGAGGAACAGAGCUACUAUAAAGCUUCAAAGGGCAAGCUUCCAAUCAAAUGGAUGGCACCAGAGUCGAUAAACUUCCGACGGUUUACAUCUGCUAGUGAUGUGUGGAUGUUUGGUGUGUGUAUAUGGGAGAUCCUCAUGUACGGUAUCAAGCCAUUCCAGGGGGUGAGGAACAAUGAUGUGAUAGGCAAGAUAGAGAAUGGAGAGCGCCUGCCCCUACCCCCAGGCUGUCCACCCUCCCUCUACAACCUCAUGUGUGUCUGCUGGUCGUAUGAACCCUCCAAGAGACCCUGCUUUGCAGACCUCAAGACCUGGCUAUAUGAGAUCUUUGAUGAGGAAAAGUACAGACAGGAGGAGGAAACUAAGACAGCCAACAGGAGGAUCCUAUCUUGGGGUUCUAAUGGGUCUCAUGAAGAGGAAGACAUAGUAGCUCCGCCCCCUAAGCCAGCCCGUCCGGGCUACUCCAAUGUGUCUCCCGCCGGCUCAACCCGCAAUCUGAGCCAGCAGAGCAUUCCCACCCCGCCUCGCCAGUGGGGCAGUGCCUCCCAGCUGCCCGUGGGUCACAGCACCCCGUACGGGCCCAGUCCCCUGGGUCCUAGCGGGACUCACUCUGGGGCGCCCCCUCUCCCGCGGGAGAUUGACCUCUCACACUACUUUCCCUCCUCCAGUGGAUACACACAGGCUGGACAGGUUUCUCGCGGCUACACUCCAGUAAGUUCUGAGUCUAACCCAUACAGCAAGGCAUCAGAUAUUGGCCCCAGCUCCCGGAUAGACAUGUACCCAGGUAGAAUACCCAACCGGUUCCCCUACACGGCAGCUGACCUAGCCGACUCCGGUAUCAGUAAGGGACUGCCAUACUACACCAGCAGGCAACUUCAUGAUCAACCGGUUGUUGAUUUCCCUUCGAGCAGUCCGGUUCCUGUGACGAUGCCAGACCUGGAACCUGAGGAGAUUGCAGCACGCCUACGGCAACAGCAGGAGCAGUCUGAGAGAGACGCACAGUGGCUAAUCUUGGAGGAGAAAAACCUGAAGCGUGAUAUACCACGGGGGCCAGUGAAGCCUGCGCCCAACGCCCUGCACAUCACUGAGGCUACAGAUGUGCGACCUGUAAUCCCACCCCAGGUGGACCCCUACCCAGCAUUCCUCCGCACUGCCUCCCACACCUCCAAUGCAAGCAGUAGAAGCAGCAGCACCAGUGACCAUGAUAUUCCUCCAUCAUUACCUACCCAGCAACAAAACAAUAAGAGCAUACCGAAGCCCUCUCCGAUCACUAAGGAGUCACUGGACAGAAGCAGUGACCCGGUGUACGACAGCACCACAGCCGUGGUACGCUCGGUGAUGUCUCUCUCACAGAAAACACCGGCAUGUCGGGCAGAGGAGUUUGUGGAUCUGAUCAAGGGAGUAGGCCUGGAGUUGAGGGGUCUUCUGGCAGCAGUGGACGAGUUCUCACGAGGUCUGCCCCCCAACCAGCAUAGAGAGGUUGAGAUGGCUCAGAAGGUUCUCUCCACAGACAUGAGUCACCUGGUGAGUGCCAUGAAGCUGGCCCAGCAGUACAGCAGCACAGCACUGGACGCUGAGUACCGCAAGAACAUGCUCAAGGCUGCGCACAUACUGGCCAUGGACUCUAAAAAUCUCCUCGACGCAGUUGAUAAUGUCAGAGUAUCACAGCUCAAUAACGGUGUCAGAUGAUUGACAUAAAGUUAAACAGUUUCGGGGAUGUCUUCUUUGACCUUGGGUUGAGAAGUUAGGACCAUGUCUACUAUAUAUUACAACGUCUAUGAAGAGUAUGACAUCAAGUUAAACAGUUUAGAGAAACAUGUGCUCUAAUAUUGUUACAAAUGUACGAGUGUAAUACAGUGCAAUAUAACAUACCACAGAUAUUACAGUUGCACACUUACAGAUUCCACAAAACCUACUAAGGGUUUGUAAGGUAACUUUUAAGUUGGACUAUAACACAUUUUGUGUCCGACAUGUCAGACGUGAUUCACAGAGUCUCAUGACUUGUAUCAAAGGCAUUCAGACUUUCAUGCCAUAGAGGCCCCAUUAAAGAUGUAUUGCAAGCGGCUCAUUAAAAUUAUGAGUAUUUACCUUCAGUUAUUCAAACAAUUCUGCUCUAAAACCGGUAAAUAUUACCACGUUGGCAUUACAAAGGGCCUGACCUACAUGAGCGCAAGGUCCCACGCUGUUCCAAGGUGGGGAAGUUGGGUCUAUACAUACUCUUGUUUUGUGCCAUCUUGGCAACAUAAGUAACAGCCUGCGCCCUGUGUGAUACCCAGUUGUGUUGCCUUGUCAGCUCCCCAGAUCAGCAUUCCCAUUUAGAUGUUGAAGACAUAUGAACAUGUAUAUACACAUAUAGCCAAUAUGGAACAAUCACCACUUUUGCAAGGGCAAUUACAUAAUCAAUUAUCCUAAUAUAUGCCAUAAGUUUCAGGUCUGCCCAAUUGGUGAAUGUUUAGUUGUUGAUAUUUUGUUACUUUAAAGAAUAACUUGAACACAGAACAUUGAAAUACUUUCUUGAUGAUUUCAACAGAAAAUUCACACUUUUUUUCAUUUUAGUAUAAAAAAAUGUCCAUCAUAUUUAGCCGUGUAAUAUUUGGAUUGCACUAGAAUACAUGAAGAUGCUAUUAUUUCACAAGAUACAUAAAUGUUAAUUGGUGUUUCACAUUAUUAUGUCGAGUAACUUACAUACAACUAGCAAAAUACAAAUGCUUGCUUCAACUUGAGAUAGAUAUUGUUGAUAUAUCUUACAAUGUCCAUGAAAGUGGUGUAUAUUAAGUGCUGUAUUAAUGUUUUUUAUGCUAUUAUUAAUUUAUAACUUUUUAAUUAUUUUUUUCAUAUAAAAUAUAUUCAAUCUAAAUUUAAAUUUGCUCGUCCAAUGAAAGCUCUGCCCCAUAAUGCACUGUUCUCUUUACACUUCUGAAAAUGGUGUAUGCAUAUAUGUGUUUGUGAAAUUCAUAAACAUAUAUAUCGUCAUAAAUGUUCAAGAUUUUUUAAUUUUUUUUAAUUGAUGUAACUUGAUUGGAUUAUCAGAUAAAUGUGCACAUUAGAAAAGCGGUAUGUAUACUGUUAUCAAUACGAUUCGGUUUAUAUGCAUGUAUUUGCGCAUGACAACACAGCAUGGCAAUACACAGGACCUAUAUUAUAGGCUAUACUAUACCUGUUUUUAUAGCCCCCUGCAAUAAACAAGCUCAAAACUUAUAACGCGGAUCCGUUUAUAACGCUGUUGCGUGGCUUGGACCCCGUCAUCUGCGUUAUAUUGGAGUUACAGUGUAGUGUUACGGUCUUUGCAUAUAAAACCUCAGAUUAUUACACUUUAAGCUUACCAAUAAGAUUAAAUCUUUAAUGUACAUAUUUCAUCAAUUAAGUCACAUAUGAAGAAGUUAUACCUAAGCUAUUUACAUAUAACGUGUUUUUUUACCUCAAAAUGCAUUGUAUUAGUUUUUCAAGAAUUCCUGUAUUGAUACUGUACAAGAUUGUAUACUGACCUAUUUCCACAUUUUAUUAUGGCCUUGAAGCAUAACCCAUUGUAUGUACAUUAAUUAUAAAAUUGAUUAAUUUAUAUAUUAUAUGUGUAUAUAUUGCCAUUGUAGUUAAUUAUAUUGUACCAUACUUAAUCUAUUGCAAUUUAUUGUUGAAAAAUGCAAUAUUUAUAUAAAAAAAAUACAAUA